UUAUUCUUCAGAGAUGAUGAACGCUCAUGAGAUAUUACAUUAGUGCGUGGCCAUGGAACAGACGGAGUGAAGCUCAGUGUGUCUUUAAGAGGCGUGCGUAAAGAGGAGGUGUAGUCUGGUGGAGUCGUGCGCCUCGUCUCUCACAGCUGAUGGGAGGAGAGCUCACUGUGCUGCUUACAGGCAGGAGACAGGAUCCAUGGCAACAAUCAUGGCAGAGGCAGAGACUCGUCAGAAGCUGCUGCGCACCGUCAAGAAGGAGGUGAAACAGAUUAUGGAGGAAGCUGUCACCAGGAAAUUUGUUCAUGAAGACAGCAGCCACAUCGUGUCCUUUUGUGCUGCAGUGGAGGCCUGUGUUCUGCACGGGUUGAAGCGACGAGCAGCCGGCUUUCUGCGUAGCAACAAGAUAGCGGCACUGUUCAUGAAGGUGGGGAAAAGCUUUGCCCCUGCUGAGGAGCUGUGCAGGAAGGCCCAGGAGCACGAGCAGAUCAUCGAGACAAAACGGAGUCAGAGUUUACAAAGUCAGGACAGCUUUCGCAAAAUGCCCCGACUGCCCAGCCUCACCCCACAGGGAGUCAAGAACUUGUGGAUCCGGACGGCUCUGUUUGAGAAGGUGCUGGACAAGAUCGUCCUCUAUCUGGUGGAGAACAGCAGUAAAUACUAUGAGAAAGAGGCUUUUCUCAUGGACCCUGUGGAUGGACAUAUCCUUGCCUCUUUGUUAGUUGGACCAUGUGCUUUGGAGUACACAAAGAUGAAGACGGCCGACCACUUCUGGACUGACCCGUCUGCCGACGAGUUGGUGCAAAGGCAUCGCAUCCAUGGCGGCUUCUGUAGGCAAGAUUCUCCCACUAAAAGGCCUGCGCUUUGUAUCCAGAAACGGAACUCCAGCAGCAGCAUGGACGAACGCCCUUCCCCCUCGCCAUCCGCUCGUGAAUAUGUGGAAUCACUGCAUCAAAACAACAGGGCGACUUUGCUGUUCGGCAAAAACAACGUACUUGUACAACCGAGGGACGACAUGGAGGCGAUACCAGGUUACCUCUCUCUGCACCAAACCGCUGACAUCAUGACCCUGAAGUGGACGCCCAAUCAGCUCAUGAACGGCUCUGUUGGAGACUUGGACUACGAACGCAGUGUGUACUGGGACUAUGCUAUGACUAUCCCUCUAGAGGAGAUAGUGUACCUGCACUGUCAUCAACAAGUGGACAGUGGAGGGACAGUGGUGUUGGUCAGUCAGGAUGGAAUUCAAAGACCUCCAAUUCGCUUCCCCAGAGGAGGCCAUCUGCUCCAGUUCCUCUCCUGCUUGGAGAACGGCCUCCUUCCUCACGGCCAGCUGGACCCUCCGCUCUGGUCCCAGAGGGGAAAGGGAAAGGUGUUUCCUAAGCUGCGGAAUAGGGUUCCUCAGGGAUCGGGUUCCUCAGACUCAGUUUCAGAUAAGGAGGACGACGAGGCCACAGACUACGUCUUCCGCAUCCUCUUUCCAAACAGCCAAUCAGAGUUUGUGCCACCCCCAGACUUGAUGGAUCAGGGAGCUACAAUGUGGCAUCCCACUCUCAGGAAGUCGUCAUGUUCCUCUUGUUCUCAGGGGAGCUUUUCUGACGGCGUGACACCCAGGGGGUGUAACCAUGAGAGGGCUCCUCUGAAGCUGCUCUGCGACAACAUGAAGUAUCAGAUCAUCUCUCGGGCAUUUUAUGGCUGGCUAGCGUACUGCCGUCACCUCUCCACUGUGCGUACACAUCUCUCGGCCCUCGUCAAUCACACCAUUGUGGCGCCUGACGCUCCGUGUGAUGCUUACAAAGGACUCACCGCAGAAGUGUGGCAGACGUUCCUCCAGGACUGCAGAUCUGACGAGGAACAGGAGCUGCUUCGUCUGGUCUACUUUGGCGGUGUGGAGCCCUCUCUGCGCAAAGAGGUGUGGCCUUUCCUGCUCGGUCAUUACCAAUUUGGAAUGUCAGAAACCGAGAGGAAGGAGGUGGACGAACAGGUCCGAGUGUGCUACCAACAGACCAUGCAGGAGUGGCUAGGCUGCGAGGAGAUUGUCCGCCAGCGGGAGAAGGAGCAGCACGCUGCAGCUUUGGCAAAGUGCUCCUCUGUUGCGAGCACAGACAGUUCCAGUCAGAAGAUGAUCCAUCACGACUCCACUGUGAGCAAUGAGUCCCACUCCUCCCAGAGCUCAGACAGGCAGAGUCUGGCUCAUCUGCACAGCAACUCCAGCAGCAGCACACAGGUGUUUGAGUCCGUAGAGGAGGUGGACCAGAUUGAGACGGAGCCCAAGACGGAAGAGGCCAAACAGGCGCCAAAGAUGCCCAACGGAGCCCUGCAGAACGGAACAUGCUCUCCUGACUCUGGACACCCCUCGUCCCGCAACUUCUCCGUCACCUCUGGCCUUUCUGAUGGUUCGCUCAGCACAGAGGAUGCCACUGCACCUGAUACAUCACUGAAAUAUGCUGCAGGUCCCCAGACAUCACAGGGCAUGGUCAAAGCUGCAGGGCCAGAGGGUGAAGGUGUUGUAGAGGAAAAGCUCAGUCACGAGAAAGUUGAAGUGAAAGACAAAGAGGAGGAGGAGGGAAACGCAUUUGAUGUGACCAAAACGGCAGAAAAUACCAAGACUGAGGUGGUAGAUGAUGAAAUGAUUCAACCGCUGGAAGACGAGCAGGCGAUGGCCAACAAAGAGACACGUUUGUUCAAUAAAAACCAGGAAAAUGCUCAAGAGUCAGAACAUAAUAAAACAGAGAGAACUAAGAUGGAAGAUAAAGGCCUGGAUACAGACAUUAAAAGAUCUUUAGAGUCAGGAGAAACUGGAGGAGUGAUACCCAAUCAGGAUACCGUGAUAGUAUCAGCAGCUGCUACACCAGCCAGGGGAGAACCUGUGGAACAAAGUCUCCAAAAGGUGGUACAAGUGAGUGAGUCAGCAGAGGUUAAAGAGAAAAUCAUCCAGCAUCCUGUGGCUCCCCUGGACACAAACCUUUUCUCAGAUGCCAGAGCAAGAGGAGCCUGCUGCGCCUCUCAGAAAGAGGAGGCUCAAGUCAUGACUGAAUCGGACGAGUCUCCUUCAGCCAUAGAGAUGGAAGAAAUCCCCAAAGCCAAAGUUUCCAUGGUGCCUUGGAGCAGAAAGGGCCGUUGUGAAACCCCGUCUUCCUUUGAGGAACUCAGGCAGGGGGAGGAGCGGGAAAAGCCUAGUCCAGAGGGGACCGAGUCCAUGCUGUCUGAGGAGCCAGAGAUGGAGAGCCUGUACCCCCACUGUGAUUCUCUGCCUGGAUCUGUUGACCCCCAAAAUGGAGGGGCGUCUCUACAACCUGCUGGGAGUAGCUUCUCUCAAGAGCUUUUGGACUUGUACACAUUAAAUCUGCACCGCAUUGAGAAAGACGUCCAACGCUGUGACAGGAACUACUGGUACUUCACUCCUGCAAACCUUGAAAAGUUGCGCAACAUUAUGUGCAGCUAUAUCUGGAGGCACCUUGACAUCGGUUACGUACAGGGCAUGUGUGAUCUGCUGGCUCCACUUCUAGUCAUUCUGGACGAUGAGGCCAUGGCCUUCAGCUGCUUCACUGAGCUCAUGAAGAGAAUGAAUCAAAACUUCCCACAUGGAGGAGCCAUGGACACUCACUUCGCCAACAUGCGUUCCCUAAUCCAGAUCCUGGAUUCUGAGCUGUUUGAGCUAAUGCACCAAAACGGAGACUACACCCACUUCUACUUCUGCUACCGCUGGUUUCUCCUCGAUUUCAAGCGAGAGCUGGUAUAUGAGGAUGUGUUUUCCAUCUGGGAAACAAUAUGGGCGGCUAAGUACGUGUCCUCCAGUCAUUUUGUCCUCUUCAUUGCCCUGGCGCUGGUGGAGAUCUACAGGGACAUCAUCCUGGAGAACAACAUGGACUUCACUGAUAUCAUCAAGUUCUUUAAUGAAAUGGCAGAGCAUCACAACAUAAAGCAGAUUUUGACCCAGGCCAGAGAUCUGGUGUGUAAGGUGCAGAUGCUGAUUGAGAACAAGUGAUGGUGCUGUUUCUCUUCUUUCGUUCAUCCAAGCAACGCGGGAGGACCGGCU